CUUUCACCUCCCCGUCGGGAUUGUCCCCGACUCCCUUCCCUUCCCGAAGCAAACAGCGCAGCGCGCAGAGCAAGGCGGCCAUGGCGGCGGCGGCGGCGCAAUCUCAUCCGGCGUCAAUGGACGCGCGAGGGUGGGACGAGGCAUCCUACCGCCGCGGCAUCCUCCGUGCCCGCGACCUCUCGUCCCGCACCCUCUUCCGUGCCGUCUUCUUCGACCACAGCGACGACCCGGACCCCGACGUCCUACUCGCCGCCGCCUCCAGCGACGGAUCCCUCGCCUCAUUCUCCCUUUCAACCUGCAUCUCCGCCGGCUCCGCUGCCUCCCAGGUGGAGACCGCCGCCGUUCUGGUCGAUCCUGUCUGCAUCGUGCAGGCGCACAGCGGCCCCGCCUACGACGUCAGGUUCUACCCCGAUCCGCAGCAACCGCUGCUCUUCAGCUGCGGGGACGAUGGACGCAUCAGGGGCUGGAGGUGGCAUGAGAUGCAGAGCUGCCUUGUCCCGCUCUCCCUGCAAGGGGAUCAUCUAGAACCAGCACUUGACUUGGUGAACCCUCAGCACGAGGGUCCUUGGGGUGCUCGGUCUCCGAUACCUGAAAAUAAUGCCAUUGCAAUUAAUAAACAGGAUGGAUCCAUUUUGGCAGCAGCGGGUGAUGCAUGUGCUUACUGCUGGGAUGUGGAGACUGGUAAAUGUAAAAUCACAUUCAAGGGGCAUGCUGAUUAUUUGCACAGCGUUGCAGUUCGUGAGUCAAACCGCCAGGUUGUAACAGGAUCAGAGGAUGGGACAGCUCGUAUCUGGGAUUGCAGAAGUGGGAAGUGCAUGCAGGUUAUACAUCCAGUAAAGAGCAAGGCAUUUGAUAGUUCUUGGGUCAGCUGUGUUGCCAUUGAUGCAAGUGAAAGUUGGCUGGCCUGUGGCACGUCUAGUGGUAUAUCAGUUUGGAGUCUUCUCUCAAAUGAGUGCAUCUUUAAUUUGGACUGUCAUGCUCCUGUUCAAGAUUUAUUGUUUGACAAGAAUCAAAUUUUGGCAGUUGGUGCUGAACCUGUGCUCUCCCGUCUCACAAUAAACGGGACAGUCCUUUCACAAAUAAAAUGUGCUCCUCAGUCGGCGUUUUCUGUCUCCAUGCAUUCAUCUGGGAUAGCAGCUGUUGCUGGAUACGGAGGUCUGGUGGAUGUGAUCUCAGAAGUUGGGAGCCAUCUGUGCACAUUCGGUAGCCGGGGCCUAGACAAGUAAAUGUCCCAUAAGCAACCAUGCUCCCUCCGAACAGCGCAGAGAAAAGAUCACAUUUGAGUCUUGCUACGCAAUGUAAGGGUUGUAUCUUUUUGCGCUGCAGUUGCACAUGUUUCAUGCAACGUUGUAGCUGGCAAUGACAAUGCUCUACUGACCAAGAUAGCUAGACGGUAAAAAACAUUUGCUACUAGUUUGAGCUAAACAAAGUUCUGUUUCUGAUUCUCACUCGUUUACAAACGGAUCCAAAAACAUCUGCUGACA